GCUUUUUGGCCGUCUUUCGCUUUCACGCUCUCCUCCCUUCCUUCCUACUAUUAAACCUCGGCAGCACUUCCGCCGGCAGCACUUCCGCCUGCUCUGAUUGAUUGUCUGCUUCAGCUGUGUCUGAAAUUCAAUCGCAUCUUCCUCGUACCGAGCUCCUGAUUCUGCUUAUUCUUCGCCGCCCUGCCCCGCUCGUGUUCCGGCGGCGCCUCCUCAGCAUCGUGGGAGGGUGUUGGAGAUAAUUGUGUAAAGUAAGAAUUAGUAAAGGUUAUAAAACGAUGUUCGGGGUGGUGUUUCCGAACCGAAGCUUCCCGAUGGACAUCUCGACGUUCGCGCAGAUCGACACCUUGCACUGGAUCCUCGAUAUGAACACCUUCGUCGGCGAGGCAUACGAUCAAGUUCGGGAAGUCUGCAUAUUCCUCUUGAACAACUUCACUUUGCCGCCCGAUAAGGCUCUCGCAGUCUACAUCCAAUCCCCUGGGUCGCCUUUCAUGUUCUGCGGGGCCAUCACAUUGGCCCGGCCUUCAGCUGUUCUCUCCCUGCCCUGGCCUGAACCAGGAGGGCAGCUGCAGCUCACAGCGGCCGAUUCUUCCCCGCCGUCGGCCAAGAUCGGGGUCUCGGUCGAGGACUUGGCGUCUCUCCCUUCCCUUGAUGUUGCGGCUGACCAGAAGAUUGAGAGGUUGGCUAUGAAGGUAGGGGAGAACCUGUUCAACUUCAUGCAGUCGUUCUGCGGGGUCGAUGGGAGCAAGCUCAUCGUGCCCAUGGAUAUACUGGACCGGUGGUUUAAGAAGUUCCAAGAUCGGGCGAAGCGCGAUCCCGAGUACUUGAAAGGAUUCGCAUUGUAGUCAGACUGUACCUUGAUCUCCACGUCGAGCGAAUGUACUUAUCUUGUAUUGGUUAUUAAAUGUACUUAUCUUGUAUUGGUUAUUAAAGUUUUCGAAAUUUUGUAGGGGUUGGAAUGUCUGUGUGUUGAUGUGCAAGUGAGCAUAACUUAAUCUGGUAAUGCAGGAUCGGGUCAAUGCUAUUCUUUGCUCUUAA